AUGUUUAACUCGGUGAAUCUGGGAAACUUCUGCUCCCAGACGCGCAAAGACCGGACAUCCGAGUUUGGGGAAAGAACGGGCUGCGCCUCUAACAUCUACCUCCCCAGCUGCACCUACUACGUCCCCGAAUUUUCUGCCGUCUCUUCGUUUCUUCCACAGGCCUCGUCGCGGCAGAUAACCUACCCAUAUUCCACAAAUCUGUCUCAAGUGCAGCCGGUACGGGAAGUUUCCUAUGGAUUGGACCCUUCUAGUAAAUGGCACCAUAGAAGCAAUUAUGCAUCAUUAUACUCUGGAGAGGAACUGGUGCACAGGGACUGUCUUCCGCCAUCCACCAUGACAGAAAUGCUUAUGAAAACGAACGAGAAUGUGUACAGCCACCAUAACCACCAUCCCAGCUCCAACCAUCCCUCCACAGGGUUCUACCACGGAGUGGGGAAAAACAGCGUCCUCCCUCAAGGUUUCGACCGCUUUUUUGAGACUGCAUACUGCGGCACGGACAAUCAGUCCGCAGAUACUUGUUUACAAAAGAGCGAGGUUUAGAAAGCUGGAAACAAAGUCCCAGCAGCCAGCGGCUCUACCGGGAGUCCCAGACCAAGACAAGGACACAGAGGAUGAGGAAGAACAUACAAAUUCGGGCUCGUGUACUUCUUCAGCCACCAAGGACCGCAGCGCCAGCAAGAACAGCCACUCGAGUAGGUACAGAAGCUGUAAAUGGGGAAAGGGACUAGCCCGGUGUUUUGUCGGUCAGAUUUUAUGUGGAGUUUUAUAAGCAUUCAAAGGAUUUUAUUAUAACCUACAAAGCUCUUUCUUCCAAUGAGAAUAAUUUUUACGAUGGGAAAGCGCUUUGAAAAAAAAGGAUGUUAUACACAGACGCUUCCAUCGUGGAGUCUGUGAAAUUUUAAGAGCGCGCUAUUGUGACAAAUGCUAACUUUGAUCAUGAACUUGCGUUGGGCAUUUUAAGGGAUUUUCGCGUUGGGCUGUCGUGAGUAAAAACCAAUUGGGCAAAACAUUGCUUUUGGCAUCCUGUGAAUUCUAUUUUAGCAGCUUGCACGCAAACUAUAACUCUAAAGGACAUGCUGUGAGAUUGUUAGCCUUGUACACUUAGAGGCAGGCUUCAUAAGUAUCCAUCUAUCUCUAUGUAUCUGGGCAAAUGUCGAGGAUAGCAAUAGCAUUGUGUUAUGGUGGUUUCCUUGCAACGAAAGAGAGAAGGAUACAAAAUACAAAUGUAAUCAGUCGUAGAGACUCCAGUGUGAGUUUGUGUCCUGGAUUGAAGCUUUGUACUGCAGUAUUAAACCAAACACAUUCUGUCCAAGUGAGACACCUUUCCAUUCGGUUAGCCCUGAGAUAUUUAUGCCUGAAUCUGCAGUGAUUGACACACACACACACACACACACACAAUCUCUAACUCAAACACACAGGCCCACUCUUUGUGUAGCCUAAUGUAGCCCAAUCAGGGCAUAGCUGCAGAUAUGUUUUGUGUCGUUGUACUUUAUCUUUUUCAUGAGGUUUUGACCACCACUGUGACGUAGUGUGGCUCAGAUCCGAAAGCCAUUUUAGCUUUACGAGAGGAUUCACAUCAAAUAUAAACAUAUGCAUUUCAAACAGCCAUGAAGGAGUGUGGACAUUGAUAGUUAAGUUCCAUGGGAAUGUAACGCAAACUGCAGCCGUAUACAUCUUGUUAUUGUAUAUUUGUAAGAGAUAAACACAUACUUAAAGGCUGUAACUUGAUAUUCUUUGCUCUCCAAGCGCUUGUGAUAAUUUAACAGUCUUUAUGACUGAUGUGUCUGAUGUGUUACGUGCAGUGUUGGAUGUUGACAGAAUUGGUAUGAUCAAAUUGAUGCUUCUCGAAAUUCCUGAAUAGUGUAUUCACAUAGAGAGGCUAUAUACUUUAUGUUGAUGUGAAUAUGUGUGGGUGGCUACUUUAACUUCAUGUGAAUAUCUGUACGUAAAUGGCAAACAAUCCCAUGGAACUUUCACUGAUCAUGUCCUUUCUGAUUGAUUGCCCCAGGUACUCCUCGCACAAGGAAGAAGAGGUGUCCAUACUCCAAAUGUCAGAUCCGAGAAUUGGAGCGGGAGUUCUUCUUUAACGUUUACAUCAACAAAGAGAAACGGAUGCAGCUUUCCCGGAUGCUGAACCUCACUGACCGACAGGUUAAAAUCUGGUUUCAGAAUCGAAGAAUGAAAGAAAAGAAAUUAAGCAGAGAUCGUUUGCAAUACUUUUCUGGAAACCCCCUAUUGUGAGCAUGUGGAGUGUAAAAGCAUAAUGAUUAUAGUCAAAGAUCAAUGACACUCUUUUCUCAGUGAAUUCUUAUCACCAGUAAUAAACACAUUUCAAGUUAAUUCAAAAAAAACAGAUCAGCAGCAAUGUUGAGCAACUAAAUGUUAAGAUGAGGUUAUUUCUAUUUCUAACAUUUGGGGUUGCUGUAUGUAUGCUAAUAAGGCGAUAUUUUCCUGUAGCCUUCAUUCGCAGGAUAAUUUCUAUUCAUAUAUACAGGUGAUUAUAUAGAAUAAUCAUUUCUAUGCUGUUGUCGAGUUCACAUGGAUUUCCGUGUAUUUCCCACGAAUCUUAAUUGUGUUUAUUCAAUUGUGCAUUUCACAAUUAUUAUUAGUUGAAUAGUAUUAAAUGUUACAACACAAUUCGGAAUCCAUGAUAGGCCUAUAUUGGACAUUUAAACGUUUCCUUUUCCUCUGGUUGGUGUAUUUGUAGCCUACCAUAAAACCACGAUUCUCUUUUCGACCAGAAUAUUCAACACAAAAUAAUACAUUUACAGGUGUCAAUUUUGCCAUGGAGAACUGUGACGUGUACAAUCUGUAAUAAUGUUUUCCUUGUACCGACUAUGCAACUAUGUGCAUUCGUGACUGUAAAUAUGAUUUCGUUUUCAAUUUCCCUCCCCCUUUCCCUGCUGCUAUUUUCUUUACACCGCCCAAGCUGUGUACUUUAAAAACUUUAAUGUUAACACUCCUUUAAAUUAUUUGCUUUAUCCUUGGCGUAUCUUUAUGAAAGAGGAGGAAACUAUGGAGUUGUGCCUGUGUAUCAUACCUAUUAAAAGAUACCUAUUAAAUAAACAGACGUAUAGACAAAAGUAACAGA